UACCUGCAGCCGGACCUCACACGCCUCGUCUCGCUCCCCAUCCGCCCUGCAGACGGCAACCAUGCACUUGGGCGCACACGAGUCGUGCCAUGCCUUGUUCUUGUUCUCCAUCCUCUUGAGGAGUUGUCAAGCCUUCAAGAACGACGCCACGGAGAUGCUCUACUCGCAUGUGAGCGCGCCGGUGCAGGAGGCGCAGAGCAACGUGUCGCUGAACCGCGCGAGGAACGGCGGCAGAGUGGCGGGCGGCGCCGCGCACGACAGAGCCGAGCGAGGCCAAAUUGGAUGCAGAGAGCUGCGGUCCACCAAGUACAUCUCUGACGGCCAGUGCACCAGCAUCAGCCCCAUUAAGGAGCUGGUGUGCGCCGGCGAAUGUCUCCCGGCUCAGAUGCUCCCCAACUGGAUCGGCAGCGGCUACAGCAGGAAGUUCUGGAGUCGCCGGAGCAACCAGGACUGGCGGUGCGUGAACGACAAGACCCGCACCCAGCGCAUCCAGCUGCAGUGCCAGGACGGCAGCACGAGGACGUACAAGAUCACCGUGGUCACCUCCUGCAAGUGCAAGAGGUACUCCAGGCAGCACAACGAGUCGGGCAACAAGUUCGAGGAGCCGCUCGUGUCCCCGCCGCAGCUUCUGCACAAAACCAAGUCAAAGAGCAAGAGGAGGCUGGGGAAGAACAGGCUGAGCGAGAACUGGCACGACACUGAACCCUGAGUCUGAAUCACUCCUCAAAAUCAGCCACGUACAGGAGAUUUGAUUGGUGCACAGACUUGCUGACAGCUUCCAGAGUUUGUAGUUGUGGAUUAUCUCUCAAUGUGACUGGGACUUGAUGCACGUGAAGCUGGUUCCCUGCUAUGAUGGAGAACUACAAAGGGCAUGCCAAGGACUUUUCUUGAUAUUUUUAAGCAGAUAAUGUGAAAAAAAGUGGGGUUAAUCACUGCAGAGCACUCUGGAGCCCCAAGCCAAUCCACAUUGUCCAAGAUGUAGCCAAAUGCAUGCAUUCCUAUAUUCUUUUUAUAUGCAGAUGGCCACCUGUAUAGGCACAUAACACCAGUUAACAUGGCAUGAAACAAAGCAUCUCAAACGUCACAGCAAAGUGUGUAAAUACCUGUACAUAUAGCAAAUUCUUACUUGCCUUUUGAAGUAUGGCCAUGUGUAUAGAAUUUUACUAUAUAAGAUGUAUGAUGUAAUAUAUUUUCUAUGGCAGCGUACGAUAAGUCAUGUUUUAUGUUUAGUCAUAAACACGGUGGCGUCGGCAGUGGUUGAA